CUUUGCCCACCGCUACGCGCAGACAGCCGCUCGCAAAGCCCGCGGCUGGGGCCCUGGCGUGCAGCGCGGGCCUCGGCGGGGCCCAGCGCCCCGGCCUGGGAGGAUGCGGCCCGAGGCGGCCCAGGAGCUGAGUAGGGCCCCUGCGUCGGCCCCAGCUGGUCCCGGCUUCCAGAGCCGCAGCCGCCGCCCCGCCCCCGAGAGACAUGACUUCCAAGCCGCAUUCCGACUGGAUUCCCUACAGUGUCUUAGAUGAUGAGGGCAGCAACCUGAGGCAGCAGAAGCUUGACCGGCAGCGGGCCCUGCUGGAACAGAAGCAGAAGAAGAAGCGCCAGGAGCCCCUGAUGGUGCAGGCCAAUGCAGAUGGACGACCCCGGAGCCGGCGGGCCCGGCAGUCAGAGGAACAAGCCCCCCUGGUGGAGUCCUACCUCAGCAGUGCUGGCAGCACCAGUUACCAAGUUCAAGAGGCCGACUCACUUGCCAGUGUGCAGCUGGGAGCUGCCCACCCAACAGCACCAGCCUCAACCAAGAAAACCAAGGCAGCUGCUGCAUCUGGGGGCCAGAGUGGGGUCUCUAGGAAGGAGAAGAAGGGAAAGCACAAAGGCACCGGCGGGCCAGCAGCACUGGCAGAAGACAAAUCUGAGGCCCAAGGCCCAGUGCAGAUCCUGACUGUGGGCCAAUCAGACCACGCGCAGGAUGCAGGGGAGACAGCAGCUGGUGGGGGCACCCUGUCCAGCCAGCAGGACCUGCGUGCCACGAUGCAGAGGAAGGGCAUCUCCAGCAGCAUGAGCUUUGAUGAGGAAGAGGAAGAUGAGGAUGAGAACAGCUCUAGCUCCUCCCAGCUAAACAGCAACACCCGCCCCAGCUCUGCCACUAGCAGGAAGUCCAUCAGGGACACAGCCUCAGCCCCCAGCCCAACAGCCCCAGAGCCACCAGUGGAUGUUGAGGUCCAGGAUCUUGAGGAGUUUGCCCUGAGGCCAGCACCCCAGGGAAUCACCAUCAAAUGCCGCAUCACACGGGAUAAAAAGGGGAUGGACCGGGGCAUGUACCCCACCUACUUCUUGCACCUGGACCGUGAGGAUGGAAAGAAGGUGUUCCUCCUGGCAGGAAGAAAGAGAAAGAAAAGCAAAACUUCCAAUUACCUCAUCUCUGUGGACCCAACAGACUUGUCUCGAGGAGGGGACAGUUACAUCGGAAAACUGCGGUCCAACCUGAUGGGUACCAAGUUCACAGUUUAUGAUAAUGGAGUCAACCCUCAGAAGGCAUCAUCCUCUACUUUGGAAAGUGGAACCUUGCGUCAGGAGCUGGCAGCUGUGUGCUAUGAGACAAAUGUCCUAGGCUUCAAGGGGCCUCGGAAGAUGAGCGUAAUUGUCCCAGGCAUGAACAUGGUUCACGAGAGAGUCUCCAUCCGCCCUCGCAAUGAACAUGAGACACUACUAGCACGCUGGCAAAAUAAGAACACGGAGAGUAUCAUUGAACUGCAAAACAAGACACCUGUCUGGAAUGAUGACACACAGUCCUACGUACUCAACUUCCAUGGACGUGUCACACAAGCCUCUGUGAAGAACUUCCAGAUCAUCCAUGGCAAUGACCCGGACUACAUCGUCAUGCAGUUUGGCCGGGUAGCAGAGGAUGUAUUCACCAUGGAUUACAACUAUCCGCUGUGUGCACUGCAGGCCUUUGCCAUUGCUCUGUCCAGCUUUGACAGCAAGCUGGCCUGUGAGUAGAGGCUUCCUUUGGGGUUGCCCAGCCUGGAGUGGAGCUUGCCUGCCUGCCUGCCUGUGGAGACAGCCCUGCCUGCCCUGUUUAUAGGCCUUCUGCCAGAUGAAGCUUUGGCCCUCAGUGGGCUCCCUGAGGAACUGGCUCCUCUGCCUCUGCUGCUAGGGCAAGGGAGUAGUGGGUAGGUGUGAAGGGAUGAGAGUCAUUCUUUCUGUGCCCCCAAGGUCACCACACACCCCAUUCUUGGGUUAGUAUCCUGCUGUAAUUGUUGGCCGAGCUGGGCAACCUCCUCAGCUGGGAAGGCUGCAAGAGGCAUAGAGAGGGAGGAAGCACAAGCAAGGCUGCGGUGGCCCAGCUGUCUACUCAUCUAGGAGUCAGAUGACAACAGGUGCCCCAACAGGGGCAGAGAGUGUGUAUGUGUAUGUGUGUGUGUGCACGCACACGUGCGUAUUUGCAUGUAUGAGUAGGGCACAUUAACUUAUGUAGCAGAGGGCUUGGCAGCCAAGCCUGGUCCCUUCAACUGCAGAAAGCCUUCCAACUUCAGAAGGCCCCAGCCAGGCCUGAGGGAAGUUAAGGGAGCAGUGGGGAUAGAUGAGUGGCAGGACAGCCACUAUGGCAAGGGGUUCCCUAUCUGGCUGUGGGAAUCAGCUGGUGGUUUAGAGUUCUAGCUAAUUUUUCUCCAGGUUUGUUCUGUGCUUGCAGAGGCAAAGGGAACCCACCUCUUAAGGCCAAAUAUCUUAAUAGAUGGGUACUACAAGAAGUACAUGGAUAGGCUCCCUGGACAGGGCUGUCCUGGGGGCCCUGCCAACUGGCCCAGGAGCUCUCUGCUGAGCAGCCCCAGUGCAACCCCUGGGAAAUGCAGAUGGGAACCAGGUCACCAGCCCUUGCUGGAAAAGUACCAUUCCCAAGCCAAGGCAUGCUCCAGGAAGAAUCUUACCUCUCUCUGGAAAGACCCAGCUGUGGGUGCUCUUGACUGUGUUUCAGCUCUCACUGCUAUCAGCCAAAUUAUGGUUGUUGAAGGCUAUGCGUGGUUCUUUUUGGAAGGGAAUGGGACAGGGUGAGGAAAGGAGAGACUAUUUUUAAAUCAAGAGAUCAGAGGUGGCAGGACACUUAGAGAUCAACUUGUUGCUUUCAGUGAAUCAUGUUGAAAAAUGGGACUUUCCCUGGGUUAGUUAGCUGGUUUAAUGACUGAGUUCAUAAUCUCAAGUUCUUUCAUUUGUUUCCACUUUCCCCCAAGAAACUAGUAUCUAUGGCUCUCUGGCCUUAUGGAGCCCAUUCUGCAUGCCCUUUUCCCUUCCUGAUUCAAGAGAUUUAGACACAUCCUGGUUGGUAUAUAUGACGGAAGCCAUUUCAGUAGAGAAUUGGGUAUUUCCCUGUUGGAAAUUGUCUGGCUUUUUUGCAUGUCAGUCUGAUCAGGAUUGGCCUUUGUCCGGCCCCUCCAUGAGGACUGCACAGUUGUGAGCAGACCUUAGCAAGCUGCGACACAAUUCUCUGUCUAGAUGUGACAGGCAGCCUAAGCGUUACAGGACUUGGCCUAAACGUUCCCUCCACUGCCACUAUUUCUUGGAUGGCACCAUCCACCCUACAGGCUUAGGGACUCUAAACUCUUGUUCAGGCUGUUUACCUUGGCAGAGUCUUCUUACCCAGAUAGUGAUCAGAAAUCUGUGGGAAGCAAACAGCAGUUGGACCUUGCUUUAGAGUAGAAAUGCUUGGAAGGGCUAAGUAGAAAUUUUAAAUAAAUACAAGUCAUACUUUAAACAUAUUAGUGAGGCUCUAUAGGUGAAGUUGUUUUGACUUAAGUGGAAUUAGUAUGCUCUCAUUUUUGUAAUCAACAUUUUUCUAUGUGAAUGCUUAAAACAAGGCACACCUGCUUUUAACAGGAGCUGCCCACACCUAAACCAUACAUCUCUCAAGAGGCCCCUCCUGUAACCUAGCCUUUGUUAACAUGGUCUGGUUUUUAGAGAGCAUCAGGACUUUCUGUUCUGGUGCUGGUUCACUUCCUGAUGAAAGAUUGUGGUGCCAUCCUCCCUUCUGUAGUUCUCAUUUGGCUUUUCCUUCCCUGACUCUGGAGACCUCUUGAUACUUGACUUGUUGGAAACCAGAUGAUCUCUAAAGUCUGACCAAGCUGUUUCUUUAGGCCUAUGACUUUAAGGUAGAAUAGGCUGAAUCUGGAGUCAGCGGCAGAGUGAAAUAAUCAGAAGCACAAUGGAAAUACUGUGGGCCUCUGCUCUCUGCUUCAGCACACAUGUCAGUGGGGUAGCUGGCUAUUUUGGUAGGGUCAGGAGAUGUAGGCUGAGCUUUCUAGCCUGGGAGUAAAGGGGAGCCUUAGCACAAAAUCUUCUGGGCACUGGUGACAAGCAAGAGCAGUUGAGUCACUUAAUUAAGACCAGCCUCACAAGGUCAGCUCUUAAGACCCCAUUCCUGGUGUUGCUGCCUUUCCUUGACCACUGGCCCUGUGGCCAGGGGCCCAUGGACUCACAAAGCUGCCAAGGCCCUGGAGACCACCUGGGUUUAGCCUCUCUCACGGUAAGAGUUCCUGCCCUUCUGCCCAGAUGGUCCUUGAUUGGACAGUGAACCAGUGAUAGGAUAAGCAGUUCCUAAAGAUGUAGGGCAGCUGGGACCUUAGGCAGCUCCUCUAUACCUACUCCUGGCUCUGUACCCCAGAACUCUAUACUUCUGCUCCCAAAUGGUUCCUCUACUCUCCAAGUCUAGCUCCCCUACCCCUCCUUCUGGCUCCAAGGUGCUCUGUGUCCAUCUGUGGUGUGUGUGUGCGUGUGUGUGUGUGCACGCGUGCACGCACACGUCAGCAUGUCUCUUGUAUCUGGGGAAAAGGGCAGCAAUCUGCAGUGAACUGAGGUUUCUUAUCAUAUUUCUAAGGAUGAGUAGGAAAAGAAUAAGGAUGCAGUUAACAAUCCCUGUGGCUUCUGUCUCUUCAUUUCAUGCUCUUUGAAAGAAAGUGUUCCUGGGAAAUUACCAGCUUUUAUCCCAAGUUUCUGAGCAGGAGGAGACCAUCUAAGAAAGCUGUUAAGUCAUUCAGUUCCCACCUGGCAUUAUCAGAAGAGAUUGGUCUGUUGCGUACAUACUUUUCAGAUGAGUCUGAAUAUAUUCUAGUGACGGUGCCUUAAAAAUCACACUAGUUCAGGGGAAGCAUGUAAGGUCCAGAUCCAUGAGGACAGGUGUUGGGAGUCAAGGGGUGUGAUGUGGGCAGGCUAGAAGAGAACUCUUGAAGCCCACCUCCUAACAAGACUGUAGAAGCAGUUUUUCUUCAUACUGGAAAUAGCAAGACAUUUGCUACUAAAACACACUUACCACUUAUGUAGAGGUAAUUCUAAAUUUAACAAGCAAUAGGGGUGAUUUUAGAGGAAAAUAUUCAUGCUUUGUGCAGAUGGGGUCUGCAUUGAGUGAAGGUGCUGGGAUAGCCUGUCUAUGGCUCUGUUAUGCAAGCACAAAUUCCAUCUCUUGGAUGGAUGCCCUGGUUUUCCCUUACCACAGUAACCUUGACCUUCCCUUCUCUAUAACUCCAUGCCCCAGCUGGAACAUCCCUGUGACCUCAAGAUGCCAGGUGGCCAUCAGAGCACAUUCUUCCAGGGAGCUGAGUUUGCUUUCCUAUGAUACCUAGCACUGUGACUGGGGCCAGUUACAUUUCCCUGGGCCCUGGCUUGUAAGCUUGUCACAGCUCCCAGUAAUAGGCCAAGGAAUGGUUUCUUAAGUUCGAGUUUUGGCAGCCUGCCUUGUGUAUCUCCAGUUUGCAAUUUUCUGUCAUCUUAAGAUAUACAAGGGAGGGACAGAAAAGAAAUAUUGACGAAUUGGUUUUAAGUUUCCAAUGAAAUGGAAAGAUAUGUUGGUCUUACAGAAAGUAGUACUGAACUUAGUAGCUAUAUGAUUUUGAGCAAACUGCAUGAACUCUCUAGGUCUGUUUUCUUAAUUGAAGAUGCUGGAUUAUCAAAGCUUGCUGUAGGAUUCAGGGUGAAUGAAAUUUAAUUUCAUCACACUACCUUUUCUAGCUCAUCAUUGUGCCUUCUUUCUUAAGAAAGACAAUGCACCCCUCUCCUUUGUUCUCCUGUCCCCCACCCCCCAUCAAGGUCCAGGUAGAGCUGGAGGUGAGGCUAAGGUCCAGAGUUCUUAGAGAGCAACUCAGAAUGGCUUAGAAGGGGAAGCCCAACUCUGGCCUCUUCAAUCCUACAUUUGAAGAUAGAGGGGACUUGGUCAGGAUGGGUAACAUUCCUCUUGCUGGGAACACAUAUUUAGCCAGUUUUCAUAAUGCCUAGAAUGUGUAUGUCUACUUGCACAAGAUUGUCUUUUCCUAUUUUGGAGUGGUCAGACAUUUUAUUUUUGUUCAAAAUUAUCUGGAGUUUUAGACAAACUUGCAAAACUGUGCUUUUAUUAAGUGACUUUUUGAAUAAACUUUUUUGGUAUUCUGAAGCAAA